AUGGCAGGCGGGCUGGCGGCGCGCUCAGUGGGGGAUGAGGACGUCGAGGGCUCGCCUCUGGUGGAGAAGAUCCGUGCCGAGCGAGGUUACAACUACAAGGACGUCAUCACCGUCUCCCCCGGGCCGAUGGACAACUUCGAGGCGAAGAUCAAGAUGUUCUUCGAGGAGCACCUGCACGCCGACGAGAGAGAUCCGCCUGGUGCUGGAAGGCUCGGCUACUUCGACGUGCGGGACCGGCACGACCGCUGGGUGCGCGUGCUGGUGGAGCGGGGUGACCUGCUGGUGCUACCGGCCGGUAUCUACCACCGCUUCACCUGCGACGACAAGGAUUACAUCAAAGCGUGCCGCCUGUUCUGCGGCGUGCCGGUGUGGAAGGCGCACAACCGCAGCCCGGAGACGGAGGCCAUGCCGGAGCGCGGCUCGUACGUGCAGCAGCUGCACGGCACCGCCUGAGCCAGCCGGGCCGGCCCGAGCGACGGCCGCCGCCGUCGUCUGCCCAGCGGCACCACGCGCUCCGGCCGAGGCGGCCGCGCCGGAGCCUACAACAGCUGUCUCAUCAACAUGCAUUGAUUUAUGUACGCCCUGUAAUCUGUCGAGACGGUAAUGUGCAUGCGUCGUAACUUGGGUAAAGGGGACUAAAUUUGGAGCGGGCUGCGGUUGCGAAGCUGUCGAGUAGUCAGCAGUGCUGUCGUGUUUGCUGGCCGUGUCUGCGCGACACCAGCACGUGUCUAGGCCCGACCGGUAUCUUGCAGACACGGUGGUAGCUGGUCGUUGGAGCCAUCCUGCCGCCCUCGUUAAUAUGACGAGGUGGUGAGAACGGCGAAAAGCGAAAGGGAAUUAACAGGGUGGGGCGACAGGGGUGAAGCCCGCCUCAGUAUAUGUGAGUGCCUUGUGGACGCUUUUACGUUGUAUGAUCCACUCCGAUGGCGUCUGCGCUGCGGAAGUGGGUCCUAGAACCAAGCCGGCUUAUUGUGCGUCGCUCCUCAUGUUAUCCAUGGGUGUGUCAUUUGGGAAAUAGCAUAUUUUCUAACGGGAA